AACGCGAAGCCUUCGAGGGAAGCUCAAAAUCUUGAAUUUCGCAGUAAAUUUCGGGACUUUUUGGUUUUUCAAAAUUAAAUUUGUCUUAAAAUAACACAAAAAUUCAUCAGAAAUCACAAAAAAUUCAAAAAUUUCAUCAUUUAAAGUGAAUCUCGAAAAUGUCUGAGGAGAAGGAUAAAGAAUUCGAGCCGACAAUCGAGAUGAUGAUUCACGAUUUCGACGACGAACAAACGCUCGAGGAGGAAGAACGACAGGCAGCAGCUGAAGCCGGUGCCGAUAACGAACUUGAUGACCUUCAGCGUGAAGGCGAUAUGCCGCUCGAACAACUUUUGGCAAUGUACUACAACCAACCGAUGGCUAUGGACGAGGAGGAAAGUGUCGAAGAUGAUGCCGAUACGACAAACAAGACAAAUGCCGACGAAAGUAAGGCAGAAUCUGAUCUCGAGGACGAAGAAUCCGACCUAAAACGACUUUAUCCGGUCGGCGUGAACUCGUUAAGUGCGAUUUUGGCGGCAGCGGAGGAAAGUGACGUCGACUACGAGCCCGACGAGAGUGAUAAUCGCAAAAAAAUCAUGAUCGGCGUCGAACAUCAAGCGCAAAUUCCGGAAAUUGGCGAGACAAUGGGCAGUGACAAGAGCGAUCAACUGAUUUGGAGUCCGUAUUGCAUGGCGGAGGAAGCUGUUGUCGCUUUUUUACAGAAAAUCAAACAAAAUCCGCGUGCAACGGACUCCGCAGUGACAUGGGCAUCGGGCGAUGUCGUUCCCAGUAACUCUCACAACGCCUCACGUCACAUUCGAGAUGACGAAAAAGCUCUUGCGACGUUGCAAGAAAGCUCGUAUGACACGGAAAAGGCCUCCGAUCGCCUAAAAGAGGCCCAAAACUCGAGCACAGACGAGAAAAGUAGUUGUUGGUCCGAGGAGGAAUGCACGAAUUUUGAAGCGGGACUUUUGGCACACGGAAAAAACUUUCACGAAAUACGGGCGACAAAAGUUCCCGGCAAAAGUGUCGGCGAAAUUAUCCAAUUUUACUAUCACUGGAAGAAAUCCGAACGUUACGAUGCCUUUGUAAGCAAAAAUAAUCGCUUCGACAAGAAAAAGUACAACGCAAAUUCGGGUCCCGUGCAUCAUGGAUCGCUUUUUGGACGAUCAAGAGGGCACCGGAGUCACGGGAAUCGGCAGCAAUGGCAUGAGUUUGCGAGAUCGCGCUACACUUUUGACCGUCAACAAUAGUUUGCUGUCUGCCGAUGCCAAAAGACGUCAUGACAAAACGACACCGGGCGCCAGCGAGGCGACAGAAACCCCGGAAAAUCCGCAGUGAACACUAAAAAAAGAUCAAAAAGUAUUAUUUUUGUAUGUUAAAAAUAAAGUUGAGACAUUCCAAUCU